UCUAUAUACCCGCCUCGUCACUUUUUCUCCCUUGUCCUCAUCUUCCAUUCCCCUCCAUAGGAUGCUGUCACAGGAACACAGUGACUCAGCGGCAGCUCAGUGUUGGUGAGCUGCGGCAGAGCCACUCCACUCCUCGCUGUCACUGAAGGUCAGUUCAGCACUCGAGCUCGGUACCAUCACCACUGCCUUCUUCGAAUCCUUCUUCCUUCUAUGUUACUCUUGUCCUUUGGAUCUUUGUCGCUGUGCGGAGUGCGAUACUUGUAGAUAUAAAGCGUCUCUUGAUGGAUCAUAAGGCAUGGCUCUGGAGAAAGAAAUCAACAGAAAGGGAGUUGGAGAAGGAGAAGGUUUUAUUAUUAGAGAAAUCCUUGCAAGACUUAAAUGAACAACUUUCAUUUGCUCAUUCUAAGUGCGUUGAGAAGGAUGGCAUUUUAGCUAAACAGUCAAAAGUAGCUGAAGAAGCCAUAUUAGGUUGGGAGAAAGCUGAGGCUGAGGCACUAGCUAUCAAGUCACAACUUGAUGAUACACUAGAUGAAAAAAUGGCAAUGGAACAGAGGAUUUGUCAGCUUGAUGAGGCUCUAAAUGUUGCAAUGGUUGAGAGGGACUCACUAAUAAAGGAGACAGCUCAAAUGAUUUCUUGUGAACAAGACAAAGUUCAGAAUCUGGAAGAAAAUUUAGUGGAGAAAAUAAACAUAAUUGCUAGCUUAGAUGCCGAGAAUGACAAACUUUCUGAAAUUCUGUCAGUGAAAGAGAACAUCAUCUCAGAGCUGGUUGAGUCCAAGGGAGUAAUAGAGUCAAAGUUCAAGGACCUUGCAGUAAAGCUAGAGUCAGCCGAAAGAUCUAACUCUUCACUUAGGUAUGAGGUUUGCAUGCUGCAGAAGCAACUUGAGAUUCGAAGCGAAGAACGGAAAUUUAGUCUCAAAUCUGCUGACGCUGCACACAAGCAGCACCUUGAGAAUGUAAAGAAGAUAACCAAGCUCGAAUCAGAAUGCCAGAGGUUGCGUUCAAUGGUACGUAAAAGGUUACCAGGUCCUGCUGCCAUUGCCAAAAUGAGAAGUGAAGUUGAAACAGUGGGUAGCGAUACAGGGAUCACAAGGACGAGAAAGUUGAAUUCAGUGACACCACAGAACUCGUGUGUUUUAGUACAGAACUCUCAUGAUACAUCACAUGGUAAUUCUCCGUUACUUGCAAGGCUACAUGCAAUUGAAGACGAAAAUAAGGCCAUAAAAGAAUCUCUUUCUAGAAAGGAUGGUGAGCUUCAGUUUUCUCGGACUAUGCUUGCUCGCACAACUUCCAAACUUUCCCAAGUUGAAGCCCAGCUUGAAGAUUUGUCAAAAGGUCGUACUACUGUAGAAUUGGUAAAAGGUAGCCCUACAGUGGCUGAAAACCCUCUUUCAUCUAUCUCUGAGGAUGGCCGCAAUGAAGAUAAUAUCAGCUGUUCAGGCUCAUGGGCAUCAGCCUUGUUGUCUGAACUGGAACACUUCAAGAAGGGAAAACUCACAGCACAUUCCAGUAAGAGCACAAGAGUAUCAGACAUGAGUUUCAUGGAUGACUUUGCAGAGAUAGAAAAGUUAGCAUCUUUGUGUAAUGAUGAUAAACAUGUGGAACCAUAUGAUCCAAUGAGAGAAGCCACAGAGUCAUCUGGAAAAGAGGUAGUUGCAGUUGAUAUCUCCACUGGAACAACUAACCAAGUUCGCCAACCUAAGAUUGAGAAGGCUGUCCUGAAGUUAAUUGAACUUAUUGAGGGAGUUAUCCAAAGGUCAUCAAAAGAUUCUAGUAGCACAGUUGUGCUAUCUGGUGGUGAUGAGGAAAACGGCCAAGGAACACUAUCAGGAUAUGUUGCUCGUGCAUUCUUGUGGAAUACAUCUGAACUUACUUCUGUACUGCAAAAUUUUGUUUUUGCAUGCAACGAGCUUCUGUAUGGGAGCACUGAUGUCGAAAACUUUGUUCAUGACCUCCAACUCACAUUAGAUUGGAUAAUCAACCACUGCUUCUCACUUCGAGAUGUAUCAGACAUGAAGGAAGCCAUCAUGAAGCAUUUGGAAUUAAACAACAGUGAUGGACUUGAAAUUGUUGCGGUAGCCAGGCACACUGGAAUCCAUACAGCAGAUGAGACUAGAACACCAGAGAAUGUUCAGAUGUCCUUAUUAUCUGACUCAAGCUGUAUAGAUGUUAAACCUGAUGUUAAUAAACAGAAGAUAGGCAAUGAAGUAGCAGUCUCUAAAUUUCAGGGGACAGAAGAAAAGGCUUCACAUUUGCGGGCAGAACUUAAUGAGCUGAAGGAAUCUACAAAAAUAACUGCACAUGCCGAUGGUAAAUCAACAAUGACUGAAUGUAGUACACAUGAAUCCAUCUUCAUAUCUGGACAAAAUAAGGGCAAGCAAGAGGGGAUUAGUUGUCUUGAACCCAAGCAUCAGCUUGACCGUUGCUCUGCUAAAGAAGGCUCAAAAAAUGUCGCCAAGAAUGAAGAUAAACAUCUUCAGAUGGAGUUUGAGAUCUCAACAGCAUCAGAGAAGCUGAUUGAGUGCCGGGAAACAAUCAUAAACCUGGGGAAACAACUGAAAGCCCUUGCAUCGCCAAAGGACGCCAUCCUUUUCGACCAGGUGCUUCAUACCGCAGCUCGGGAGCGGAAGCCCCGAUCGCAAUCACUAAGCGAGAUGCUAUCCAUGGAGGACGGAGGAUUCUAUUACUCAGGCUCGCCAAAAACCAAGGAGAUCAUCUGUACUGAACCAAGCUCGUCAGGCGAAAGAAACCGUCCUGCUGCCGACGAAGGAGACGACGCCUCCGCCGCGGAAUGCAGCUCUUCGCACCCAAUGCCAGGGCUGGCUCCACACGUAAAGCAGGCUUGCAGGGUGAACGGGACCUGCAUGGGCGAAGCUGACGUGAAGUUAGUGACGCUUGCCGUCGUCCCGAGAAAGCAGAAGGGGAACGGCAGCCUGCUGAAGAGGAUCCUGACGGGCAGGAGGAAGGAGGCCAUGGCCAAGCCACAGGUGGUGCUGAGUUCUUAGCUGACAGACAGAAUGGAGGUUUUGGACAUGGCAAGUCUUUGUUUGGUGUGUAGAUGGAGUGUGUGCGUUUGUGUGUGGAGCCGUGUUCAUGUGAGGUUAGUAAUAAAGAUGCAGUGUGCUGCGUAGAUGCUGUAUGUAUUAGUGUGGUUUGUGUGUGAGGUAGUGGUGCUCUGUCAUGAACUCAUGACCCUGUUUUCUUUGACUACCUCAUUGUGUGUUCUGGGGAGGUCCCUGUACCUGUUUGAUAGUGGCUAGUUGCCUAGUUUGUUGGCAAUGUGUUAGUGUGCUCCCUCUGAUGAAAGAACCUUGUUCUGAAUGACCGCAGAUUAUUUUAAUAGAGAAAGAGGGUUUAUGUA